GCCGGGCUGAAACGUGACGCGCCUCAAACCCGUCCGCGUCUCACCGCCACCGCAUUUAUCGCCGGGGAAGAGGAGCCCUCCUUCCUCGCAGACUUGACAGAAUGGAGAGGAGCUGACGCGACCUCCGCCUCGCCGCGCCGUUGACUUCCCGCCCCUCCCGCGCUUCCCGCCGCUCUCGUGCGCCUGACUCUUUAAAAAAGUAGUUUGUUCCUUCCCCGUCGCAGCGUAGGGAAACUUUGUUGUUAACUUUCCCCCACUUUCUGUUGUUGUUGUUUGUUGUUGUUGUUGUUGCGCGGACACCACCCCCCACCCCCCUUCCAAGUGAUGCGCGGAGGGAUGGGUCCUCUUCUGGGACGCAGAACGGGAGCGCCGCACGUCCUCUACUACGUGUGUCUGUCCAUCUCGGCGGCUUACUCCUACAACGUCGACCUAGAACAGCCUCUGGUCUUCCGCGGACCGGACUCCAGUUUCUUCGGCUACUCUGUUCUGGAGCAUUAUCACGACAACACACGGUGGAUAUUGGUGGGGGCACCGAGGGCCAACUCUACCUACAGCAGCUCUGCGCACUCCCCAGGGGCGCUGUUUAAAUGCCGAGUCCACAGCAACCCGGAGCGCCGCUGCACCGAGAUGGACCUGGGACGAGGAAACAAGCCCAGAGAGUCGUGUGGGAAGACGUGCCAGGGAGACAGGAACGAUGAGUGGAUGGGGGUCAGCCUCGCGCGACAGGACAAAGCCAACGGCAAAAUAUUGGCAUGUGCUCACCGCUGGAAAAACGUCUACUAUGAUUCAGAGCAUAUCCUUCCCCACGGUUAUUGCUCCAUCAUUCCUGCCACGCUUCAGGGGAGGACGCGGCCACUCAUCCCUUGUUAUGAAGACCAUAAGCAGAAGUAUGGGGAAGAGCACGGCUCAUGCCAAGCGGGGAUAGCGGGCGUUUUUACGGAGGAGCUGGUGGUGAUGGGAGCUCCAGGGUCAUACUACUGGACGGGGACUAUCAAAGUGUACAACCUGACCUCCACGUCCUUCUACAGCCCAAACAAAGAGGAGGUAGACUCCCACAGAUACAGCUACAUUGGCUACGCUGUGACCGCUGGACAUUUCUCUUCCCCCAAUACCAUCGAUAUUGUCGCAGGGGCUCCUCAGCACAUGGGCCGAGGAAAGGUUUACAUUUUCAAAGUUGAUGGCACAUCUUUGGUGAAGAGUUUUCAAGCCUCAGGGAAAAUGAUGGGCUCUUACUUUGGCUCCUCAUUGUGUGCAGUUGAUCUGAACCAGGACGGCCUGUCGGACCUGCUGGUGGGGGCACCCAUGCACAGCCAGCUGCGGGACGAGGGCCAGGUCUUCGUGUACCUCAGCAAAGGCAACGGGGUGAUGGAGGAGGCAGGGGUGCUAAAUGGGGAAAAUGCUUACAACGCUCACUUUGGAGAAUGCAUCGCUUCAGUCGGAGACAUCGAUGACGAUGGCUACCAAGAUGUGGCCAUAGGCGCUCCUAAAGAAGACGACUAUGGCGGGGCGGUGUAUAUAUACCACGGAGACCCUGCAGGAAUCAUCAGCAAAUACUCCAUGAGACUGUCUGGACGUAGUGUAAAACCUGGCCUGCAGAUGUUUGGCCAGUCAAUCUCUGGCAAUGUGGACAUGGAUGGCAAUGGAUACGCAGACCUCACCAUUGGGGCAUUCAUGUCUGAUAGCGUAGUGAUGCUGAGGUCCAGGCCUGUCAUUACUGUGGAUGUGUCCAUCAUCCUGCCUCUGUCCAUCAACAUCUCUGUACCUCAGUGCCACGAGGGCCCGCAGAACCUGAACUGCUUCAAUGUCACUGUCUGCAUGCGGUUCCGUGGAAAACAGCUGCCGGGACAUAUAGAGCUGCUGUAUAACCUGACAGCUGACGUGGAUAAGAGACAGAAGAGCCAGCCUUCCCGGGUCUACUUCCCGCAGAAUGGAGCCCAGAUAAGCCUCCUGAGCCGGCAGCUCAGCCUGGAUAUCAACAGAGAGGAGUGCCAGCGUUACACUGCCUAUGUUAAGAAAGAUGUGAGGGACGUGUUCACGGCCAUCUCGUUUGAGGUGGCUUACAGCCUGGGGAAGCAUUUGGUGACUGGACACCAGGAGCAGGGGCUGCCUGCCUUGUCACCAGUGUUACGAUGGAGAAAAGGAGGCAAAAUUGCAUCGAAGAAUGAGACAUGGUUUGAGAAGAACUGCCUUUCAGAUGACUGCGCUGCAGACCUCCGGCUUCAUGGGAAACUGUUGCUUUCUGGAAUGCACAGCAAGUCCCACCUGGCCCUCGGAGGAGUGAAGAACAUCUCGCUGAAUCUGACCAUAAGUAAUGCUGGAGACGACGCCUACGACACAAACAUCUUCUUCAACUUCUCCCGAGAGGUGUUCUACAUUAACUUCUGGCAGAAGGAAGAAAAGGGCAUUUCCUGUGAACUUGUUGAUCUGGACUUCCUGAAGUGCAGCGUCGGGUUUCCUUUCAUGAGGGCGCAGAACAAGUACCACCUCGCGGUGAUUUUCGACACAAGCCGAGUCUCCGGAGAAAACGAGACGCUGCACUUUGUAGUCCAGGCGAAAAGCGCCAAUCCUGAACACCAACUGGCGGACAACUUUCUGGAUCUCUCCAUCCCUCUGAUCCAUGAGGUGGAUACAACCAUCACUGGUGUGGUGACUCCCAACUCCUUUGUGUAUGGGAACUCCAUUGAAGCCUCACGCUUCGUCCAGCUGGACGGCAUGGAAUGCAACUUUCAGCCUCUCAAUCUCACUUUCCAGGCGAUAAACAACGGGCCCAGCAGGCUGCCUGGCUCAAAGGUGGACAUCAGGAUCCCCAACCGGCUGGCUGGAAACGGAGCAGAUAUGUUCCACAUCAUUGACACACAGGUGGCCGAUGGCAGAGGGAACUGCACUCCUCACAGGAACCCGACACCUUGCACCAUCCCCCAGGACAGAGAGAGCAUCUUCCACACCAUAUUUGCCUUCUUCACCAAAUCUGGACGUAGAGUCUUGGACUGUGACCGGCCAGGAAGAGCAUGUCUGACAAUUUCCUGCAGUCUGGGCCCACAGUUGAAAGAGGAGGCUUUGAGUAUAGAUAUAAAACUGCUGCUCAACACAGAAAUCCUGAAAAGGGAUAGUUCAUCUGUGAUCCAGUUUGUGACAAGGGGCAACGUGCAAGUAGAUAACAGAGCCAUGGAGGUGCCAGAUGGCCUGCCGGAGGACAUUUCUCUGUUUUUUGAGGCCCUCCACAGUCAGGAGCCGAGGGGUUAUGUCGUUGGCUGGAUCAUCGCCAUCAGUCUCCUGGUGGGAAUCCUCAUCUUUUUGCUGUUAGCAGUGCUGCUCUGGAAGAUGGGUUUCUUCCGCCGGCGCUACAGAGAGAUCAUCGAGGCGGAGAAGAACAGGAAGGACAGCGACGAAAGCUGGGACUGGAUGGAGAAGAACCACUGAGGGCGGGCGACGGCGCCCUGCUAAAAGAGUCUAGGGACCGGGUCUGGAAGGAUCCAGUGGUGCUGGGUCUCAUAGCCCGGCCAAUCCCGGUGGGACCAGACCCUUCAGUCUUCCAUAUGUGGAAGAAAAAAAGAAUAUUCUCCAGAUUUUUUGGAGACGUGAUA